UUUUGCUGAAUAUUCUGGCAGAAAGACACUCGUGCUGCAUUAGAGGUUCUCAAAAAAAUGGACGAUACUAAUGUAAAGGCAGACUCUUAGACUUUCGGUUAUCUGAUUGCCAAUUGUUCGAGUGAGGAUGACAUAUCUAAGAUGCUCAUCUUCUUGACAUUGGCUACAAGUGUGCGACGAUAACAGUUGGAAGUUUGAAAAUUUGUAGUUUCUUGAUGAGAUGAAAGAUUCUGGAGUCCACUGACAAAACAUGUAUAUAUGGCCCUAAUAAAUGGAUAUGCAGCUUCUGGACAGUUUGAAAAGGCUAAACAGGUAAUUAAUGAGCGAGGAGUACAUGUAAAGGGUUUCAAUGAAAUUAGAAGUGUGCUUGUUUCAGCUCUUGCUUCGCAUGGGCAAAUGUCAGAUGCCCUUAAAAUAUAUGAGGAAAUGAAAGAAUCUCAAUGCAAGUUGGAGCCAAAAGCAAUUAUUGCUCUCAUUGAAAAACUUCUAUCUGAGGGACCACUGGAUAGAUUGCUCCACCUACUUGAGCAAUUAAAUGGCCUCGAUCAGUGGGUGGAUGCUGCCUAUAGGGUCAUUUCAUAUUGUAUUCGGCAAAACCAUUCAGAUCUAUCGUUGACUUGCUUAAAAAGCUGGUGGAUACAUACAAGGAUGGUGAAGUUGCUCAGGAAUCUGUAUUCGAUGAGGUGUUCUGCCAUAUUACAGAAAAAGACCCAAUAAAUUUACAGUUUGGGUUGGAUCUCCUUCAGGUCAUUAAGAAAGAGAUUGGUCUCCUCCCUUCACGAUAAUGUCUUGAUUUCCUACUAAGUGCUUGUGUCAAAGCCAAAGAUUUAGAAGCUUGUCAUCUGAUUUGGGAAGAGUAUAAAAUAUCUGGCCUGCCUUACAACAACAUUUUAAGUUAUGUGAGGUAAUUUCAAUAACUAAUAUUUUUGAAUCUUGUUUGCUUGCCUGAAAUUAUCUUGAGCCGGGGUCUAUCGGAAACAACCUCUCUACUUCUUCG